AUGUCGACGCUCGUGGGGUGGCUCCGCGGAGACGCGGGGCGGGAGUGGUGGACUAGAGCGCUCCCAGGAGAGCGCGUGGUCUGCCGGUUCGCCGACGAUGACGUCGACCACGAGCGAGUGCUGCUACACUACGUGGCGGAGGGCGGGUGGAUCAUCCUGACCCCAGAUGGGGGCAUCUACGCUGAGGACAUGAGCUGUGAGAACCCCGAGACGGGGCCUUGUCGAGCCUUCCCGUUGGCGUUGGGGACGCGGAAGAUGCGGAGGCUGUAUCGCUUCGGUGAGGCGCUGGGGCCCGACGAGCGGGCCGACGCGCUGACACGGGGCCGGCAGGCGGCGCUGGAGAUAGACACUGCCUUGCCUGAGCCGAGGGAGACAGUGGCCAUGAGCGGCCAACGGGUCUCGUGGCAGGAGGCUGCCGGCAAGCUGUCGGCCGCAGAGCGGGCCGGCCUGCUGCGCCUGGGCAUGGCCGUGGCUCGCCUGGGCGGGAAGCUGCUGGAGGCUCCUGGUGCGGGUCAGGCCUGGAUCGCCCUCAGCGGCGGGCCCGGCGUCGCGGUCGGGGCGGAGGUCGACGUGGCGAACGCCGAGGGCCUGAGCUUCGAGGACGGGCCUGAGCCUUUCGGCGUGCUGAGGACCGCAGACGGCUGCAUGGUGCGUCUCGCUCGGCUGGACGCUGGGUCGGCCCCUGGGCGCGUGGCCGAGGAGGCCGCGGUCUGGCAAGACCUGGGCGGAGGCCAUGCGCGGGCCACGGGCCCCGAGCGCCGACGUGCAGCGGCCGCAGCGCCACUCGAGGAUGGUGAGCCCGCCGAGCCCGUCGGCGGCACGGCUACGCCCGAGCUGGCGCUGCCUCCCCUGGCGGAGCCGCGGGGUGAGGAGCGAGACGCCGACGCCCGCACGCUCUGGGUCGACUACGACGAGCAGGGCGAGCGGUUCAAGCGCUGGCGGGACGUGGUGGGCGAGUCGAGGCAGGAGCACUACCCGGACGCGAAGGUGGGCGGACCGCCUGGGGCUCUCCACAUGCUGAAGCACAUGGGGAGGCACGGCGGCGACCCGCGCCUCUGGCUCGACCUCUUCAUCCGCAUGAAGGGGCUCGGGCAGAAUGACCGCGUCGUGCACGAGCUGAGGACGAUCGUGGAGGCUUUGUACCAGGGCGGGGUAUAUGAUCUGAACAUGGGCGGCCUCAUGAUGGUGGAGGGCGUGAGCUCGGUGGAGGACGUCUCGGGGCCAGAGCUCAGGGGCUACGUCCACCGGCGGGCGAAAGAGCAGCACGAGAUAGAGCAGGCGCAAGGCCGCCGAAUUCGCGGCAGGUCUUGCAGGGCGAGGCAGUUCGGUCGUGAGGAUCGGAUUGCGUCGGAGGUCAACGGUAUCGUCGAAGCCAUCAACUGGAUGUCGGGAUACGACUCGCAUCCUGGCCCAGCCAAUGACAUGCAGCGGGAUGUACUUGCGCGCUUCGAGGGCCUCGUGCGGGGCCGGCAGCCGGACGCCAAGUUGCAGGAGCCGCAGGCGGCCCUCCGUGAGCUGCUGCGGGGCCGCUCGCCAUAUGAUGGGCGCGGCGGCCCGACGACGGUCGCCUCCUACAGUGCAGGGCUCGUCAGCAUGCCGACGGACGUGAGCGACUGCCCGCGUCUUGAGGACCUCUUGCCUGGCGAGGCCCUUACCUUCCUGCAGGAGCGCCAAGAGCGCAUGUUACGAGAGUCACCUUUGCCGACCGACGUCGAGCCGUACUUCGACUCGGUCCUCAAGUUCAACCACAAGGAGUACCGCGGCCUGGUGCGUCGGCUGCUGGCAGCUGGCAUCCUGGGGUGGACUCUGACACCGAAAGAGAGAAUUGGGAUGUUUUUCGUGUGGAAGGAUGGGCGGCGCCGACUUCGCCUCAUAGUCGACGCCCGCCGUACGAACGCCCACUUCAGAGAUCCGCCUGGAGUGGAGUUAUUGAGCAGCGAGGGCCUCGCCAGGAUCGAGGUGCACAUGCCAGACGCGGGCUUCUCCAGCUACGAGGACCUCCGCGCCGCGCUGCAGGCGCAGCAGGUGUACAUCGGCAUGGCGGACGUGAAGGACUGCUUUCAUCGAAUGCGUAUCGAUUCAGCUCUCUCGCAGUACUUUUGCCUGCCGCCGGUCAAGGCUGGGGCCUUCGGCGUGACCGAGGUCGAGGGGACCAGGGUACGGACGUCGACGGCCAUCUACCCUUGCUGGCAGGUCCUGCCCAUGGGCUUCAGCUGGUCUCUAUAUUUCGCCCAGCGGGCCAACGAGGAGGUGAGCCGCCGCAGCAGCGCUCUCCUCAGGGGGCCCAGUUUGUCAGAUCAUGGGCCACCGCUCGCGUUCGCGCCCGGCGGGGCGCCCCGGGAGGUCAGGCACUACGUGUACGUCGACAACCUGGGGGUCUUCUCGCUGUUUUCUGAGCUCGUGAGCGGCGUGAUGAACCAGCUGACGGGCGAGUUCACCGAGCUGAACCUACUGUUGCACAAGGACGAGCUGGUGCCGGGCAUGGCAGUGGCGCUUGGCACGGAGAUCGACGGCAGCCAGUUGCGCACUCGUGUGACCAGUGAUCGGUUCUGGCGUUGCCGCCAGGCCGUGCGAGGCCUCCUAGCCCGCCGCCGUGUGAAGGGGUGGGCCGUGGAGGCGGUGCUGGGCCAUCUAACCUUUUGUGGCCUCUGCUCGCGCGGCACCCUGUCAGCUUUCAAUUCAGUGCACGGCUUUGUGCGAGCCCACUACGAGGAGGCGGCCGUGCUAUGGGCCGAGGCGCGGCGAGAGCUGGCCGCCUUCAGCUCCCUGAUGUACUUUUUGGAGUCAGACUGGUGGCUGCCUUGGAAUCCGAUGGUGCAGCAGUCUGAUGCCAGUCUUCACGGCUACGGGCUAGCAAGAGCUUUCUGGCCGCAGGAGCUGGUGGAGUCAGUCGGGCGCGUGCCUGAGCGAGCCCGCUUUCGCCGGCGCUGUGCGCACAGUGCUCGAGAGGCUGCGCUCUGUGCAGCUGGCUUCAGCAUGAGUGAGAGUGGGAAAUGGGAACUCAAGGGCCUUCCCGAGGACGAGGAGGAGCUGGGCCAGUGGGACGUCGUGAGGGACUUCCCGGAGGUGCCCGCCCAGGGGCUCCGCUCAGGCCUGUGGGAGCCCUGUUUCGCGAGGGCCUGGCAGCACCCUGAGGGCAUCUUGACCUUGGAGGCCCGCGCCCUGGUCAGCAGCAUCCACCGUAUCGCCACCACGGCCAGGCAAGGCGCGCGGCUUGGGGCGAGCCGCCGGGGCACGCGGCUGCUGGCGCCGUCUCGCCCGGAGCCUGGCCUGCAGCCGUCAGCCCGCGGCCAGGGGGUGAGGCGCGCGCGGCAGCUGGUCCCGGCGCCGCCGAUAGCGCCGCUGCCGCUGCCGGCAGCUCGGCGGGAGCGUCAGCUGGGCGAGACGGGUCUCCUGAAGACGGCUGUGCUGAGCCGUCCCCUGCCGCGGAGCCUGAAGCAGGUGGUGGAGGACCUGACGAAGGUGCCUGUGCCAGCGGAGCCCGCUCGGGGAGCGCGAGAGAGCGUCGGCUCCUCCGACAGCGGGAGCUCCGAGCCCGAGGUCGUGACCGGCGCCGCGCGGCUGCGCAGGCUCGCGCAGUCGCAGAAGCGCCGUGCCCGCCACUACGGGAUGCCCACCGGCGAGGAGGGCUUCUCUCUCCUGGAGCGGGAGGCCGUGCGGACCCCGACGCAGCGCGAGUACCAGAGGGCCUGGGACGGAUGGCGGGAUUUUGCCCGUCGGAGCUGGCCCUCGGUCGACAUCGACGAGGUCAUGAAGAGCAGGGACGAUCCCGUGGUAGACUCGGCGUUGGUGAGCUACCUGAACGGCUUGUACCAGGCUGGGACUCACCUCUCCUGUGCCGAGAAGUUGAUGGCGGGGGUCCUGCACUUCAACCCCGACUUCUCGCGCUACGGUGCCCGGCGCCUCCCCCGGGGCUGGAGAUGCCUCCGGGCCUGGCGGCGCCUGGAGCCGCCGCGGACGAGGAAGCCGUGGGCGCUGGCGUUGUGGCGCGCAAUGGCGUGGCGCAUGAAGGCCCGUGGCAGCCUUCAGAUGGGGGUGUUCACGUUGAUAGCAGUCAGCGUAUGCGCCCGCCCCAGCAGCCUUUUGCUUCUGAAGCCGGCCUGCCUGGUGCCGCCAGCGCCGGGGGUGUGCGAGUUCUGGACCUUGAGGCUCUUUCCAGAGGAGGAAGACCUGAGGGACAAGACGGGCCUGGGAGACGUGUCGCUAGAGUUAGACUCGCCCUGGUUUCGCUUCUUGGACCCUGUGCUGCGUCAGAUGAAAAAGGAGGGCCACUCCGAGUGCCUGUGGAACUUCACGUACCCAGAGUACUGCAAGAUGUUCGGCCUAUGCCUUCAGGACUUGCGGGUAAAGGCCAAGUACCUGGCCGACUGCUUCAGUGGCAAAGGAGGCGUGGGGCGCGCUGCAAUGGCGAUGGGCGUGCCAGCCAGAUUCUGGGACACACUGCACGGGCCAGACGGCGACCUGAUCAGACGAAAGGUCUUGCGAGGCCUGUGCUCCGACAUCGCUGCUGGCCGCGUCUUAGCCGCGAUGCUGGUCAUUCACGACGCCGACGGAGACCAGUACGUAGGCUGGUCCCAGGGGCAGAAGGACUGGUGCUGCCACCACGAGGGCGUCGGGUGCCCGAUCUACAACUGCAGCGACGCCGAGUUCGAGCCGGUGGAGAUGUGGUCAAUGCGGAAGAAGGCCUUCUGCUGCGAAACUGAGAAGAUGGUCGAGGUUUGCACGACCACCUCCACAACAAGCACGACCACCCACCACCACUACAACUGCUCCUCUGGACUGGACUACUGGGAGACGGGGUGGUCGAGCCACAAGAAGGAGUGGUGUUGCCACCACCGCGGCCGCGGGUGCCCGACCACGGAGACCACCACGACGACGCUGACGCUGGAGACCACUACGGUCACUCUUCCGUUCGACUGCCGGGCGGACUACGACCAGUGGCAGGACGCUUGGGAGGACGACAAGAAGGACGGCCGGGGGCGCGGCGGGCGCCAGAAAGUUGACGCCGCGACGAGGUGGCCAC